AUGGCGACACCCAACGUGACGACUGUCGAGUGCGUACGCAGGCUUCUGACCACGCCGUCUCCGGGGACGCAGCCAGAAGACCCGAAGCCGGCGACGCUGACGGCGGUGCAAACGGAGAUGCUAGACCGGCUGAUCGGCCACUUUAGUGCGCCCGGCUUCCGCCCGCGGGAGAAGACGGUGGAUGGCAAGGGCAAGGAGAAGCUCCAGGACGGCGGGCCGCUGACGGCCUGGGAAGCGUGCUCGCUGCUCAACCGCGAGGCCCUCUUGCGCUGUCUCCGGGCCGAUAAAUGGGAGCUGGCCAAGUGCCAGGCCCGGCUCGAAGAGACUAUCGUGUGGCGCAGAAGCCUUGGCGGCGACGGGAUCGAGAUCGAGGAGCAGGCCGCGACGCUGAAAACCGAGGCAUCAAGCGGGAAGAUGUUCACCCUCGGCUUCGAUAACAUCGGCCGACCCAUCGUCCACAUGCGUCCCCGUCACCAGAGCACAGGCACCUCGGGCCACCGGUUCCCACUGGCCUUCUGGCUCAUCGACCGGGCAAUCGAUCUCAUGCCGCCUGGAGUCGAAUCCAUCCUGCUCGUCAUCGAUCUCGCCGGUCCCCAAGAAUCUCCCUCGGUUAAACAGCAGAAGGAUUUCGUCAGAACACUGGGAGCCCAUUACUGCGAACGCUUAGGACAAGCGCUAGUCGUCAACAUGCCCACCUUGUUUGUCUGGGUCCUCAAGCUUCUUAAGCCGGUGAUCGAUCCGGUGACGUUUGCCAAGGCGGUUGUCGACAAAGCCGAUCCGCUGAAGUUCGCGCCAGCAGAACAGCUGGACAGCCCAGCAGGAGGGACGAAUGGCUACGAUUUCGACAUCGAGAGUUACUGGGCAGCGUUGAGUGUGGAAUGCACCCAUCGUCGCCGGGCGCGGUUGGCCGAGUGGGAGAGGCUGGGCAAGAAGGUGGGCUCGAGCGAGCUGGAUGUCCCUUCGAUGGGCUACCGGGCCUCCUCGCCCGUCUCCGUCUCCUCGACUUCCACCGCUGGCAGCUUCAGCAUGGCUCCCAGCACCGUCGGCACCUCCGCUCCCACCGAGCCCUCCACUUGUCCGCCCGACUCUUCUACUUGUACCCUCCCUGACAUCUCUCUUGGCCCUGCCCCUCAACCCCUCGUUGCUGUCUCUCAGUGA